UGUGCGAGUCGGUCGCUCCUCAGCUCACUCGGGGGCCCUGGCGUUUGGUAGCCGGUGUCCUUGUCUCGAGAGGACUCGGGCCCUGGUCUCGAAACUGGCAUUUAGGACACAAGCGACGUCGGGAUGGGGCGGCCCAGGCGCUCCCGGGGUCCUGUUCCGUACCGCAACAUGGCUGCGCCCAUGGACUAAGGAAGCGAGGGUUUCCUUUGGCUUUGUAAGGAGGACCAGGUUUACAUGAAUGUUGUCUCCAUGGGGGGAGUCUGGGAGGCAGCGUGACAUUUUCUGACGGUAGGAGAGGCUAUUGAGUGUGGUCGUACUCUGUUGGACAGAGGCCAGGGAGAGUCUGAAGGAUAAAUAGCAGCAUGGUGCUCUAAGUGCUGUGGAUUCUCCCCUCACAGAGUGGAGAACUACAAGCAGGCAUUGCCGGUUCCCUGACAGUGGUCCUUGGGCGAAAGUUUAGAUUCCUGAAUCUCGCAGCUGUUGUGCAUUAGCUAGAAUUGUAGUUUUGGGUCUAGCAGCCUUUUUGAGUCCCAAUUUUUCCUAGCCAUCACGGUGUCUCCUCAGCUCACGUCACGACGGGGAAACCAAAAUCGCAGGACACUCAUAAGGACUAAGUGACUUGAAUACUUGGAUGAUGUGGACUAGUGCCUCAAUCUGAGGACCAAAACAGGACCGUGGAGGGCGAUGGAAGAAAGGAGGGUCAAACCGGGAAUCCAGAUUCAUCACUCCAAAAGCAUCUUUGGCCAAGUAAACUAUGAACUUCACCAGCAUCAAAUGCCUUCCUGCAGUAAAAACAAUCCCACUUCUUCUGUCUACCUGGAUUCUCGUCAGAUGGAAGCCAUGUCUCCUUUUGGGGCUCCUGCUGUGGGCUCUGCUCCUGACUCUACUACUGUGCCAGGCAGCGGGGAUGGAGGAAGUUGUGAAAUGAUCACCCAAAAAUACGUUUUCCGACCUGAGCUGUUUAAUAUCACCAAACCUCACAUAACUUCAGCUGUUCAUAAAGAAUGCCAACAAAGUAACAACCACGAGAAUUUAGUGACUGGUAAUAAACAAGAAGUCUCCAUUUCUAUUGGGAAGAAACGGAAAAGAUGUCUGGUUUUCAAUCAAGGUGAAUUGGAUGCCAUAGAAUAUCAUACAAAGAUCAGAGAGCUGAUUUUGGAUGGAUCUUCACAGUUAAUUCAAGAAGGUCUCAAAAGUGGUUUUCUUUAUCCACUUGUUGAAAAACAGGAUGGCAAUAGUGGCCGCAUCGCUUUACCACUUGAUGCUUGCAGUUUGUCAGAAUUAUGUGAGAUGGCAAAGCAUUUGCCUGCCUUGAAUGAAAUGGAGCUUCAGACGCUACGGUUGCCGGAAGAUGAUGUGUCUGUUACAGAGCUGGAUUUAUCGUCACAGGUCAUUGAAAACGGUGCUAGCUUUUCCAGAACAAUUACUUUAAUGGGACAGAAAUACCUGCUGCCACCAGAAAGCACCUUUCUUUUAUCUGACAUUUCUUGUAUGCAGCCGCUUCUGAACUAUGGUAAGACAUUUGAUGUUAUUGUGAUUGAUCCACCAUGGGAGAACAAAUCCGUUAAAAGAAGUAACAGGUACAGUUGUUUAUCACCACAGCAGAUAAAGCAAAUGCCUGUUCCUAAGCUGGCUGCUGCCGACUGUCUGGUUGUUACAUGGGUGACCAACAGGCAGAAGCACCUGUGUUUUGUGAAGGAGGAACUCUAUCCUUCAUGGUCUGUGGAAGUCGUUGCAGAAUGGUAUUGGGUAAAAAUCACACAUUCAGGGGAGUUUGUGUUCCCAUUGGAUUCUCCACACAAAAAACCUUAUGAAUGUCUUGUACUGGGGAGAGUUCGAGGAAAAGCUGCUUUAGCAUUACGGAACACAGAUGUAGAAGUGCCCCCUGUUCCAGAUCAGAAACUGAUUGUCAGUGUACCCUGUGUUCUCCACUCACAUAAGCCACCUCUGGCUGAAGUACUGAAAGACUACAUCAAGCCAGGUGGGCAGUGUUUGGAAUUGUUUGCUCGAAAUUUACAGCCAGGUUGGAUGAGUUGGGGCAACGAGGUCCUCAAGUUCCAGCACGUGGAUUAUUUCAUUGCUCUGGAGUCGGGCCACUGACUGUAGAAGUUGUGCUGCCCUUUACUCCGGCUCCUUCAGACUCACUUCUCUUUGUACCAGCCAGUGUGCUUAGACAUGUUGACUUUAUACCAAUCAGUGUGCUUAGAAAUGGACCUAGACUUUGGCUUUUCAACCAGUGAUUGCCCUUCCUGUAUUUUGAGACGAAUUCUACUUCAGUUGCACUAAUAUUCCACACCAUUCUGGAUUCUUUACAAUUAAAGAGGUAAGCAGUUAGUAGAAAGACCUGCCUCUACUACUGAACUAAUUCAGAAAGCAUGUACUGUGGACUCUAGGUCAUGAACUGGUCUAUGGAUAUUUUUUAUUUGGUGGUAUUAAAAAAAUAAAUGGGAGCCUCAUUCCGGAAAGAAUCAGAAAAUAUUACCCGAGUCCAGAUGUCUGCACGUGUUUAACCAUCAGAAACUCCAGCUCCAUUGGAGCCUGUGUCCUUGGGUGGCAUCAACUUGCAGUCCCCAGUGUAGCAGCUCAAUUGGGAAAGGCCAUGUGCUCUCUAGUCUCCCAGUGUGCAGCUUCUGCCAUGCUGCUUCUGUGUGUUAGCUCUGUGGCUCCUAUUUGGCCUGCAUUUGCAGCCUCGGCUAUAUAAGAAAAAGUGCUGGCCAGGUAGUUGGUGUACGUAUGUGCUGAACAGUUUGGACAGUUUGGAAUAUUUCCAUUGCAUUUAGGGUCACUGUUUAAGUACUUAUUUAUUUUUGCCUUUUUCUAGAAAACAACUUAAGAUAUUUCUUAUAGGGUGUCAAGAAGUAAACACCGCUUAUAGUUUGUGAAAAACUGUUUAGAUUAUAGAUUUUACACAAAUAAA